AUCCAAGCACAAACGUGUUUUCUAAACGCACAUAAUAGAACGCACCUACGAACCACGCUAGUUGUUUGUUUCUGUUGUUGCUACUGAUUCGAAGGGCAUCCAAAUCCUUGCAGUUUAUGUAAUUCUUCGGUGUUCAUUAUAGCAAUCUGCCAUGUCCAGGAGAGAUAUUAGAGAUCGUGAUCAUCGGCGGUCACAAACCCGCAGUCGUUCACGCAGUAGGAGUAGGAGCAGAUCACCCAGAGGAGGAAGAGACUACUCGCCUCGUCAAGGCAUGUCUGAUUUGACAAAUGACCCUAACACAGUAAAUGCACGUAUAUUUGUUGGAAGUAUUAGUGCUAAUAUGACAAGAGAAAAGUUGAAAGAAUAUUUUUCGCAGUAUGGAAAAGUUAUCGGAGUGUCAAUUACUAGAACGAAGUUUGGAUUUGUGAAGUUUUCAAAAGUAAGAAGAGGCCAUGAACUGUUUACGGGCAGGAUCAACCGCCUAUAUAAAUGGCCAGAGAGUUGAUGUGAAGCCUGCCAAAAUUGGUGGUGGUGGUGGUCCAGGAGGUAUGGGUGUAGGACCUAUGCCACCCUCUGUGGGUUUGAGGAGGAGCCAUUACGAGAAUGAAAGAGGAAGGUCUCCUUCUGUGGGGAGGCCGUAGAUGAUUACUAUGAAUA